UUGAAACUGAAAACGUUUUUGACCCUUUUCAUAUUUUGUAUACAUUUCUGAAAACGGUUUAUACUCGUUUUCCAUUUUCUUCUACUCUCCUUUUCUUCUUUCCUCGCUGUUCUUCGUUCUCCGUUGGACUGCACCGGGUGGGGAUGGGCUUCUCCGACUGCUCCCCCCCCCCCAACUCUUCUCCGUACAACACUCGCACCGGAGCGUUCGCGCCAUCUCUCCGGAGCAUCGUGCCGAUUCGCUCCCUCCGUACAGACGCCGGCGAGUCGAACUCAGUCAUGACCGCCGCCAACUCCGUCCGAGUCGCCGCCGCUCAGAUGACCUCCGUCAACGACCUCUUCGCCACCUGCUCUCGCCUCGUCAAAGAAGCAGCUUCAGCUGGGGCGAAAUUGAUAUGCUUUCCUGAAAACUUCGCCUUUGUGGGUGCCAAAGAUGGGGAAAGUCUUAAAAUAACAGAACGUUUGUUGCUCGCCUUUGUGGCUAUAGAGAUUUAUGGGCAGGCAUUUGUUGCAGAGAAUCAGGCAUUUGGUUGUCACUUGGUGGUUUCCAACAAAAAGAACCUGAUGAUAAGCGCUUGAGUAAUACCCAUGUUGUAAUUGAUGAUGCUGGAAACAUCAAAAGCACUUAUAAGAUACACUUGUAGGUGUUUUUUUAACUUUGAUUUAGUUCAUAUUUCUUGUUUUA